AAGGUCUGGAUUGAAGGAAGAAAAGAGAGAGAACAAAACAAAAAAAACAAAAAAAAGGGGGGAAAAGGAGGUAAGGGAAACUACAAAAAAAAAAAAGAAAAAAAAAGAGGUGUUUUGGUAUUAGGAGGAAAUAGUUAGAAAUAGGAGGAAAUGAAAAAGAGAAGUGGCUUCCCUCCACAUCUGAUAUCCGAACCAAAUUCCCUCCUUCACUCUCUUCCCUCGUUUUCUCUUUUUUCUCUCUUUCUCUCUUUCUCUCUCCUCUUUACAAUUGCAAGUUCCGACUUCCGUCGUCUCUUCCGCCGCCAAACACAGAUCUCUCUCCUCUUUCCGAUCUUUUCUCACAACUAAAUUUAACUUACUCUCUUCUUUUUUUUUACUAUUUUUUUUUGAAUUUGACGUUUAUCUCAAAAACCCUCGUAAUUGAAAACCCUUACAAUUUUUAUAGAAGAUCGUUAAUUUGGUACAAUCUAUCUAUUUUAAUGUCGACAAACCAACAAUCGCUGCAACAACAAUCGCAACAACAACAACAACAACAUCUGAAACGACAACUUCCGUUUACAUCGAUGAAGCCGCCGUUUGUUCCACCGCCUGGAGAUUACCACCGCUUCUCCGACAAUCGUUCUGUUCCUCCUUCUAAUCAUUCUGAAGCUGUUCUUGUUAAAACCCCUCCAAUGAAGCGAAAGAGUGAUACACCUGAAUAUGACGCUGAGUCUAGUGAUUGGACAACCAGCCCGGGUUACACUGAAAUUGUUAAUAGCCCUCUUCAGACUCCUGUAUCUGGAAAGGCUGGCAAGGGGCGAGGAUCAAGGAUUAGCAAGUCUAAUAGAGCUGGGCCUCAGACUCCCGUGUCAAAUGUUGGUUCUCCGGGCAACAGCCUAACUCCAGUUGGUCCUUGUCGCUACGACAGCUCCCUUGGACUUUUGACGAAAAAGUUCAUUAAUCUAAUCAAACAUGCAGAAGAUGGUAUCCUUGAUUUGAACAAAGCUGCUGAUACUUUAGAGGUCCAAAAGAGGCGUAUCUAUGAUAUAACCAAUGUUCUGGAGGGCAUUGGUCUCAUAGAAAAGAAGCUGAAGAAUAGGAUACAAUGGAAGGGACUUGAUGUCUCAAGGCCAGGUGAGGUUGAUGACAGUGUUACUAGUCUACAGACAGAUGUUGAAAGCCUCUCAAUGGAAGAACGCAGAUUGGAUGAGCAAAUAAGGGAAAUGCAGGAACGAUUGAGGGAGAUGAGUGAAGAAGAAAAUAAUCAGAAGUGGCUGUUUGUAACCGAAGAAGACAUAAAGGGUCUUCCCUGUUUUCAGAAUGAAACCUUGAUAGCUAUCAAAGCUCCGCAUGGAACAACUUUGGAGGUUCCAGAUCCAGAUGAGGCUGUUGAUUUUCCUCAAAGAAGAUACAGAAUAGUUCUUAGGAGCACAAUGGGCCCUAUUGACGUUUAUCUUGUCAGUCAAUUUGAAGAGAAGUUUGAGGAGAUCAGUGGUGCCGAACCUUCGCCAAGUAUACCAAGUACCUCAGGGUAUGAUGAACACACAGCAGCUGCAGCAAAGGAUGAAAACCAACAUGAUGAAAUCGAAAUGGAAGGACAGGAAACCCAUAGAAUUUGUUCUGAUGCCAAUGCUCAGCAGGACUUUGUGAGUGGAAUCAUGAAGAUAGUUCCUGAAGUUGAUAGUGAUGCUGAUUACUGGUUGCUAUCGGAUGGUGAUGUUAGCAUUACUGACAUGUGGAGAACAGAUUCUGGAGUUGAAUGGAAUGAAUUGGGGACUAUCCAUGAAGACUAUCCUGUGGCCAGUGUUGGCACGCCACAGCCACAAAGCCCACCACCAAGUGCAACAGAAGUGCUUCCACCGAACACAACAGGGAGGUGAUCGACAUGGCAUUGGGGUCUAUCCUUGAAUACAUUGGUGUGGCCAGUGUUGCUCCAUUUAUUGAUCUCUAUUGCUUGGUAAUGAAGUGAGCUUCCUACCUUCCUCCGAUUCAAAUUGUGAAUUGGGUAUAACUGCGGCUUCAAAGAUGCUGCAACAUGAUGUGGAAUACUAUUGUGUGCAUAAAGUGAGUUGACAGGGAGAGAUUGUUCCUAACAUGUUGUACAGCAAACGGGUAGAGAUAAUUGCUUAGCUGCAAACAAGAUUGGGGGAUCUGUAGCUGUUAGUCUGUAGCUGUAAUCCUAUAACCUGUACAUUAUUUUGUUGGUUUUAGUCAGAACGGAGUAAGUAGCUCUUCACAUACUUCAAUUGCUCGAUUGAAAUAGAUUGGCAAAUUUCAGAGUUAGUCUCGGCAGAAAGAUUGCUUGAGGGAUUACUAUCAGUGCGGAUAGGCCAUAGGGCAAGCUCUUCUUCUGGUAUGAUUUGUAAAAAGUGUAUUCCUUUUCUAGAUAGUUUAUGGUUCUUGAAUUGGCUUUCAACAAUUCUAUCCUGCAAGGAUCGCCAAUUCUUAAUGAAAAUGACAUUGUUGUCUUGCUUUA